AUUUUUUUUUCUUUAAAAAAUCAGGCACACAAGUUUCUUGUUUAUUCCUUUAAAGUGUAAAUUAAAUCACAAGCAUCUCAACAAAAGUGGUCUAAAACCAGCGCAUCAAAGUCAAAAUUCAAAACAACCAUAUUAUAAAUUCAAUUCAAUUCAAUCCCAAAAGAACAUAACUACAGUCUCCAUUAACCUAAAGGAUUCAACCCCAUCAUCAUGCCAUUCUCCUAUGCAAAGAAAUUUUUCAAGAGAUUUUGGGUUGAUGAAUUCCAAACUGGAAAUUUUCCAAGCAGCUUUCUGUCUAAUGAUAUCUUGCCAUCCCUUGGAGCAAGAAUCAACCAAGAAACAAGAUUGAGAAAAUACAUAAUCUCUCCCUUCAAUCCAAAUUAUCGGGCUUGGGAUAUGUUAUUGAUAAUUCUAGUAAUUUACUCUGCAUGGAUAUGCCCAUUUGAGUUUGGUUUUCUAUCAUAUAAGCAAGAUACACUAUUCAUCAUAGAUAACAUUGUGAAUGCCUUUUUUGCCAUUGACAUAGUCAUGACAUUCUUUCUUGCAUAUCUUGAUGUCCAUUCUUACCUUCUCAUUGAUGAUCCUAAGAGAAUUGCAGCCAGGUACCUAUGUACCUGGUUUCUCUUGGAUGUUUCUUCAACUGCACCACUUCAAUCCAUCAUCUCUAUCUUCACUGAUCAUAGCGGCGAGAUUGGUUUCAAAGUUCUUAACAUGCUUCGGUUAUGGCGUCUUAGACGAGUCAAUUAUCUCUUUGCAAGACUUGAGAAAGACAUUCGCUUCAAUUACUUUUGGACUAGGUGCACAAAGCUUAUUUCUGUGACAUUGUUUGCUGUACACUGUGCUGGAUGCAUUAACUAUUUAAUUGCAGUAAGGCACCCUGAUUUAAAAAGGACAUGGAUUGGUUCUGCGUACCCAAAUUUUAAAGAAAUGAGUCUUUGGGAUAGAUAUGUGAUAUCAAUGUAUUGGUCUAUUGUCACACUCACUACAACUGGCUAUGGUGAUUUGCAUGCUGAAAACACUAAGGAGAUGCUGUUUGAUAUCUUUUACAUGUUGUUCAACUUGGGAUUAACAGCAUAUAUCAUUGGGAAUAUGACAAACCUUGUUGUUCAAUGGACAAGCCACACAAGAAGCUUUAGAGAUACAAUUAGAGCAGCUUCAGAAUUUGCAUCAAGAAACCAUCUGCCUCAUGAUAUACAUGCUCAAAUAUUAUCACAUUUAUGUCUAAGGUUCAAAACAGAUGGAUUAAAGCAGCAAGAAACAAUAAAUGGCAUGCCAAAAGCAAUUCGUUCAAGCAUUGCACACCAUCUAUUUUUUCCUGUUCUGCAGAAUGCUUACCUCUUCCAAACAGUUUCACAUGACUUCCUUUUUCAAUUGGUUACAGAAAUGGAAGCUGAGUAUUUUCCACCUAAAGAAGAUGUUAUACUACAAAAUGAGUCUCCAACAGACCUUUACAUCUUGGUUUCAGGGGCAGUGGAUCUCAUUCACAAUGUGGAUGGUCACGAUCAAGUUUUGAAGAAGGCAACUGCAGGAGAUACAUUUGGAGAGAUUGGAGUUUUAUACAAUAGACCACAGUGUGUCACUGUUAGGACCACAGAGCUUUCACAAAUUUUAAGACUUAGCAGAACUUCAUUGAUGAAUGCCAUGCAUGCAAAUCCAGAAGCAGCAAAAAUUAUCAUGACAAAUCUUUUUAGGAUGUUAAAAGGACAAGAAGAUUUGGGUUAUGAAUAUCCACCUAUAGACACUAGAUUGGCUAUUCAUGAUGAAAACAACACAAUGGGAAAUUCUUGUCAUACAUGUUCAAAAAACUCACAUGAGGAAGCUACAUUGCAUGACAUGAUACCAGCGUUGGUUGAAAAUCAGCCAGAAAAAGAAGCAAAUGAAAAGAACCUAAGUCCUGUUAGAUGGAAACAGAAAGCUCUAGUUGACAAGCAACAAAACAAGAGUCUUGAAAAUGGAAAAACAUUAGAUGAACAUAAAAUAGAGUUUGUGGAGACAGGUAUAGUUAGUCAAGCUAGGAGUGACCAAAUUUUAUUAGAAAAAAGUAAUCAUUCAUCUGAGAGAAAAAAAAUAAUAUCUGUCAAUAAGAGAGUUACCAUACACUAUCGAGGACAACAUGGAAAGCUGAUAAUUCUGCCUGAUUCAUUGGAAGAGCUGCUCAAGAUUGCAGGAGAAAAGUUUGGAGCGUCAAAGCCUACAAAAAUAAUAAAUGCAGAGAAUGCAGAGAUAGAUGACUUGUGUGUCAUUCGAGAUGGUGAUCAUCUGUUUUUCCUUUGUAAUGAGUGAAUACUUGAACUAAUAGUUUAGAUAAAAACUAACAUGUAGCCUUCAACGAAGUAUAUUGAUAAUAAUAAAACUAACAGAGAAAAAGACAUGCAGAUUACAUAAAAUGUCAUUGGCAUAUGGUGGUAUCUUUUUCUUCUCUGCAACAGUUCUGAAAAUUUAUAUUCAUGAUUUACUUGAUACAGAUCAUAAUGAAUGUAUAAAAUAUCUGUUACUUUUAGAGUAUAAUGCUAAGUAUUGCUCUCCUUAGAAAUAUUGUUUGAGACAUGGUGAACUUGGAGGAUAAGUUGUGGGUUUCUCUAUCUUUCAAGAUUUAUAAAUCAAAGAUGGGAAUAUGUUCUCUCCUAGGCAUAAGAAUGGUUUUCCAACUUGGAAAAAUGUGGUUUGGGACAUGCAAGUCUUAAAGGAGAUUCAAGUUUAAGAUUAAUCUUAGUAAUAACAAGAUAAAUCUCCCAGUAACCCUCAGAAACAUGCUAUGUUACAUGAUUAAUCUCCCAAGAUUUAAUUUUCUUUAUCUA